AUUCUCACAACAGCCUCAUGAGUCCUGUCGUCAUCAUGUUUUACAGGUGAGAAAAUUGAGACCUAGGUGAAGUCACUGGUAGAUGGCAUAUGUGGUGGUGUGGGGUGUGGCCCUGGAGGACUUGUGCUAAUUUUUCCAGUGAUUCUCUUCUGUUUUUUUCUCUCAGAGUAAUGAAGCGGGUGUGCUGGUUGGUGAGACAGGAUAACCGGCACCAGCGAAUCAAACUUCCACAUUUGGAAGCAGUCAUGGUUGGGCGUGGCCCAGAGACUAAGAUCGUUGACAAGAAAUGUUCUCGACAGCAAGUACAGUUGAAAGCAGAGUGUAACAAAGGAUAUGUCAAGGUGAAGCAGGUAGGGGUCAAUCCCACCAGCAUUGACUCAGUCAUAAUUGGGAAGGACCAAGAGGUGAAGCUGCAGCCUGGCCAAAUUCUCCACAUGGUGAAUGAACUUUAUCCAUAUAUUGUAGAAUUUGAGGAAGAGGCAGAGAGCCCUGGCCUAGAAACACACAGGAAGAGAAAGAGGUCAGGCAGCAGUGAUUCUAUAGAAAGGGAUGCUGCCCAGGAAGCUGAGUCCUGUAGAGGACUGGAACCUGGCCAAUCCUCUGUGCCCUCAAAGAAAGGGAAAGAUGCAUCUACCAAAAAGGAAUCAUUGGGCCACUGGAGUCAAGGCUUGAAAAUUUCUAUGCAGGAUCCCAAAAUGCAGGUUUACAAAGAUGAGCAGGUGGUGGUGAUUAAGGAUAAAUAUCCCAAGGCUCGUCACCACUGGCUGGUCUUACCAUGGGCUUCCAUUUCCAGUCUGAAGGCUGUGACCAGGGAACACCUUGAGCUCCUUAAACACAUGCAUACUGUGGGGGAAAAGAUGAUCACAGAUUUCGCUGGGUCCAGCAAACUCCGCUUCCGUUUGGGUUACCAUGCCAUUCCCAGCAUGAGCCAUGUACACCUCCAUGUGAUCAGCCAGGAUUUUGAUUCUCCUUGCCUUAAAAACAAAAAACACUGGAAUUCUUUCAAUACAGAAUACUUCCUAGAAUCACAAGCUGUGAUAGAGAUGGUGCAGGACGCUGGCAGAGUGAGUGUCCGAGAUGGGAUGCCUGAGCUCUUGAGGCUGCCCCUGCGUUGUCACGAGUGCCAGCAGUCGCUGCCUUCCAUUCCCCAGCUGAAAGAGCAUCUCAGGAGGCACUGGCCAGAGUGAUUCCACGGAGCCUGAACCUUUGCAGCAGGUGUGGCUGAUUGUGUAGAGCAAAUUCCUGGCACCUGUCCUGGAUUGCCUGUGAACUUUUAUUUCUUGAAUUAAAACAUGCGGUUUGUUUGUUUGUUGUUUUUUUUUUUAAACAAAGCUUCUUCUGUUCCUGAGUGGCUACAAUAUGGGGUGACUUGAAGUAGUUUAGGAAUUAGGAAUUUGGGUUUGCCAUGGAUGUGUUCCCUGGUGAUGGUGGCUGGGAUAGGAUCCCCAGGCUCCAGGAUCCAUGUCAGGUCUGACUGAUGGGGGGCAAAGCCAUGUUCAAACUGACCUAAUGCAAGAUAUGGAAG